AAAAUGGAUGGAGUGUCUCUAAUGAAAAUUAUUUUAGCGAGUGGGAAAUUCGUGUCUUUCUUGGCCUCUGACCUCAACGAAACGACAUGCAUUUCUCACGAGAAGCUUUUAAAGGGACUCAUUUCAAAAUCAAAGCUGAACAGAGUAUCCCCUUGGAUGACAUUAAAGCUGGAUGCUCAGCCGGCGAUGAUUCAGUUUUUUGUCAAAACAAUGAUGAAUUUAUGGCAUUCGAUCAACUAUGCCAAAUUCAAGAAACUGACAACGGAUUUAAGACACUCAAAUAUUUUUUUCCCGAUGUAAAUCAAAUAGAAUCACGCUUGAAUGAUACUUCAAAUUUGGCUCAUUCUGUUGAAAAGAAUCUUCCUACUUCUUCGAAACUGGUUAUUGAAUCCAUUCUCGAACAAGUCAGGAGCCUUUCACCUGUGGAAAAGUUGUUGCUUUAUUUGAAGUUACCCACAGGAAAAGAAAUUCCAGACCCACUGAAACAACCGUUAAAUCCUUUGGGCAGCCGUCCAGAAAUAUCUCAGACCAUAGCAUGGAUAAAAACUCAUUUGGAAGAAGAUAAAGAAACUUCAAUUCCAAAGCAAGAUGUCUACAAUGAAUACCUAGAAUAUUCUAGUCAAAAUGGGAUAAAACCGCUUUCUACUGCUGACUUUGGCAAAGUGAUGAAACAGGUUUAUCCUAAUGUGAGGCCUAGAAGACUUGGCACACGUGGCAAUUCACGUUACUGUUAUUCUGGUAUGACUUGCAGAACGGAAUUGCCGACUCCAACUCUACCACGGUUGUCCAGCGGCGGUGGUGAGGAAGGAGGAAGAACUUGUGCUUGGGCUGCGCAAGUGCUCGGUACUCCUAUAUCCACCCUGACUGAAUUAGAGGCUCACCUUGCCUCAAGAGGUCUUCCUACAACUUCAACACCCGUCAUUCCACCUUCUGUUAAUGAUGAUGCAGCUUAUAUAAUGAGUUCGAAAAUUUCCAAGAGUAUCGAAUGUAAGCAGUUUGAAGGUGAAAGUAAAAGAAAGGUUGAGGAAGAUUCUAGUUUAUCUAAUAAAACGCCACCAGAAAGGUGUAAAGGUAAAAAACGGAGUAAUGGUAAAAAAUCGAAUGAAGGGAAAAAGAAAUUAGAAGAAGAAGUUAAAAGGAGUAAAGGUAUUGAAAGUGAUGCUCAAAAACUUGCAAUACCUCGGUUAGUAAGGCAGCAAAAAACAGAACAACUUCCACAGUUACCUAGGAAACAACAGAAAUGUUUACUGCCAAAACAAGAACAACCUUUCCUUGAAAAUGGUAAUUCGCUUGAACAAGAAGAAGAGCUUUUGAGGUAUUUUCAGACCAGCGCUGAUGAACCUAAAGUGUCUCAGUUAAGAUUACUUCUUGAAAGAAAGGAAGACAAAAGCCAAGUUAGGAGGCGGGUUUCAUUUGAGACAGUACCUGAAAGUCCGAAAAAAUUUAGCUUUGUACCUAUCUCGCCUGUUUCACCUUUCGUACAACCACAGCGUGUUCUUCACAGGUCUAGUUCCGUAAACUCACCUGUUGGGAAAGGUCAGAAGAAGGCACCAGUUCCUGUCAAACAAGAAGAGCGGUCGCAAUCCGUGCCUUCUUGCAAUCCGAUGUCUCUUCCACAAGACACUCCAGUUCCGAGCGAAACUAUAGAUUUUGGCAUUGAUACUGAUUCGUCCAACUUAUUAAUAAUAGACGAAUCAUCAGAAUCGUUGCUUAUCGAUUCUGGUAUGAACAAUGACAAUCUCAAUGCGAUAUUUUCUAUAAUAAGUGAAAUGGAAACUCGCUCCCGCUCUUAUCCAAACACGCCGACCUAUGCUAGGUCUCUACAAUCGUCGAAUGUUCCCUCAACAAGUUUCUUCGAUGACUUGGACUGUGAUGUAACGCUUGGAAAUCUGGGUACGGAUGUUACCGAACUUGGCUCAGAUAUUCAGUAAUAAUCUUAGCUGACGUAAUAAAAAUAAUUGAAGUAAUUCCACUUGUAUAUAGACUCUUAAUUUAAGAUUUUUUUAUGGAUUUCGUAAAAAAAAAAAUUGUCUCAUUUUUUUCUUCUCUUUUUUGUAUAACUGACGUAAUCAAAAGAUACAUCACUCAUCAAAUUAAAAAUUAUAACAUCACUGGAAUAACUGUUUAUAGAACUAAAAUAUUUUUUCCAAGUUUUGUAUUUACUCAGGAUCAAAUAAUGAUUUGUGGGUUGUGUACAAUCAAAGUGCCAUUUCCUUGAAAUAAUUUUCUUUUUUGUAUUAUUACCAUAAUAUUAUAACUACAUCCUAAGUACCUGGAAACAGCUGAUUUUCAUUCUUUAUUGUUAUGAUGACUUGGCUCUGUUAGUGAAUUAUAUUACCAGUCAUCUGGAAAUGAAGCAACUUGUGACAAACAUUAAUUUUAAACUUGUGUAAUCUUGUUUUAAUUAGAAAAGAAAAACAAGUGUUUACUUGUGUUUCAUGUAAAGUAAGUGAACAUUUCACAUAGAAAUAAAUAUAAAAUAAAUUGUAUCGAUUUCUUGUUUCAUAAGUUCUUGAAAAUUACUUAUAAGCUUGUUUUAAACAAGAACAAAACAAAAGCAUUUAUUUGCUUUUUCAUUACAAUAGCUAUUUUACUAACAUUUAAACUUUCGGAAUCUAUGAAAUUACCUCAGAUUAUUAGAUAAAAUUUUUGAUUAAGUAGCUUUAGGCAACGGGAAAUAUUUACAAUAUUGAUUUUUAAUUAUUGUUAAAUAGUAUCACUGAGUAUUUUUGGUGGUUUUAGUAUACGUCUAAAUAAAGUGGAAAUUCUGAAAUCUAUAUAUAAGUUAAUCUUGAAAUUUAAUUUUUUUUUUUUUUUAAGGAAAAGAAUUACUGUUGUAGUGUAAUAUGAAAUUUAAAAGUAGUGAAUUAAUGUUGUUACAUUUUGAAUUUCUUUCUCAUUACUUCUGUGUAAGAAGACAAGCAUAGAGUCUUGAAAACUUAACUGUCUGUCUGAAUUUUUUUUUAAACUUUUUUUUUUUUUGAUAGAUCAUGAAAUUUUUUAAAAAAUGAAAUAUAUGCGAAUGAACAGUAGGAUUCAAGAAAAUUUUCUUAUAAAAGAUCAAAUUAUUGAAAGGGUUAGCAGCAAAGAGUAGCUUUGGCUGUUGUGGAAAUCUUGAGGGAGAACAAGCUUCGUAUUUUCAAUAGUAACAUUAUGUCAGUUCUUCUAUAUCCCUGUAAGACUUAAAAAGUUAACAAGUAGGUGGCCUGAAACAAUCUCCAAUGCUGAACUGGGGUCGUGAAUUAAUCAAAUCCUGAUAUAGGUCGGUAAUAUAGAUGACUAGGACACACACUGAGCAAGAAUCAUAACGAACUAACUAGAGGUGGAGAUACGUGGCGGAACUUCGUGGUGGCCUUUGUUGUCCCACCUGAAGGAUUCUAGAAAUUUUCAGCCUCGUUUUGAAAACAAUUGGUUGCUAUAACUUCACUGAUACUAUAAUUGUUUCUUCAAUUAAAUCUGUGGUAUUGGAAUUGAAGCUAAUAAUACAAAAUGGUGUAUUUGUUACGCUGACGAAGAUUAUCUCGCAUGUUUACAAUAAAUUUUACUGUUUUUUUGGGAGAGAAGUGAGAGAUUAUCUCAAUUUUUUUGUUUGAAUUUCUAAAGUUUUGGUGGUCAUGAGUGACCCACCAAACUCUUUAUUGCAGUUGCAAUGAUUGACAGAAAUCUUUUAAAAAAAUUUAAUUAAAACUUCAAAUAAUCACAGCUACUUAUCUUAAUUAUUUCUAAUGGUUUUAGUGAUUUCAUAGAUUCAAUAAUUCUCACUUUCAAAAGCAUAUACUUCAGAUGAGCACACAGUCUUGUUUAAGUAGGUCGUGUACUACACAAAUCUUCACAUAUAUAUUUAAAUUACCGAUCACUUAUUGUUCCCCUGAAUAAUGCCAGUGAAAAGUAAACUUUUUAUUAAAAAAAAAAUAAAAGUUGAUACAAUGCUUUGUUUCACAAUCUUUGCAACAAGCACUUUUGUAAAAUUAAUCGUUUUUUGUAAUUUGUAAUAAAAAUUAAUGUAUAUUGUUGAAAUAAAUAUUUGUUAUAGACGAUAAUUCAUCGUUGAGUAGUAUAAUUAAAAUAAUAUUGACAAUAACACAUUUAAUAAUUGUUAGAACAUCGUCGUCAUCGAGCAUUUCCAUUUUUGCACAGAUCAUUGUUUGUUCAAUAGAUAUAAAAGUAGUUUGUAAAGACUGGAAACCGAAAUGCCGCAAUUUCCAUCAAACAGACUUGUCAUGUCAUCGUUUUGUUUCCAGAAUGUUGACACAUAUUAACAACCUGCUGAAACUGCGACUAAAUAGAAGCUUUUUUAAUAACAGGCUCAAAAGUUUUGAAAAAACUUUAAUUAGAUUUCCAUGGUGUAUGGAAGGAACUUAAUGUUUAAUAAAAAAGAAAUUUAGUUUUCUCAUAUAUGCUUAAAAGUAGGUAACCACUUUUAUUGAAUAAAAAUAUAUCCACUUGUUUUAUAUACUGUUUCGUUAAUUGAUAUGUGACAGAACUUCAUUCAAUUAAGAUUUUCUUCUUUCAAUGUACAACUAUUAUUUCCAAAAUUAAAAACAUAAAUAUGCAUCAAACUCCCUUGAAAUUUUCUGUGGAUUUCCAUUAGUUUUGAUGGUUUUUGAAAUAAGGUAGGAUAAAGAUAUAAAGUCUUUAGUUUCCAUUUUAUACCUUUUAAAAAUUCUACUUAAUAAAACAGCAGGAAUGAUUUGUAAUGUAUGUGUCAUUUUUGAACCAGGGUAACCAGUUAUAUCUUAUGCAUUAAUAUAUUCUAUAAGAACGAUGAGGUGUUAAGUGUCAUAAGUUAUCAUUUCUCAAGUGUUGAUUUGAGAUACACUUACACCCUUGAACACAUCCUAUCAUCUAUAUCCAUGAGUUCAAGAUUACUUCUUGAUCAUAAGUGUUGAAAUAAUUUUAAAACUAUAAUAUAUUUUAAGUAAAGCCAUGUAAGACACAAAAAAUGGCUUGUCUUGGUUCAAAUUUAUGAUUUUUUUAAAUAUUUCAAAUCAUAGUAGUACGUGAAAAAUUUUAAAAAUAUUUUAUUGAGAAAAAUGGACAACUCAAUAGAUAUCUUCUGAGAAAAUCCUUGCAUGAUUAUUUGUUAUAACAAUUAAGUUCCUGUAUUAAUCUUUAAACUUUUUUUUGGUCUUCUAAAUUUUUGUUGAAAGGUUUCGAGGCAACUAUUCGGUGGUAGGCUUUAUUCUCUUUUGUUUCAAUGAUCUAAUUUGGAUUUAUUUUAACUAUUAUAUGAAAUUAUAUGCUAAGUCCCUCCAAAAAAUUGAUAGACAUACAUACAUGUCUAUCAAUGCUACAAUUAUUUUAUUGUUUAUUUCUUGUUUGACAAAUUCAUAAUCAUUCAGUUGUUAUUGAAUUAAAUUAAAAUAAAAUAAAAAUUAAUCAUUCAUUUCUAAAGUGAACCCUAAUUGAUUUUUUUUUUGGAAAUCGAGAUAAGUAUGAAUUCCUAUUUAAAAAAAAAACUCCCAAUGAAUCCGAUGGUGCUAUUAUUAAAUAUUUAAAAAAUUAGUGUGAAAAAGUUUAUUUUUAAAACAAGUUUUUUUUUUCCCAAUGAAUGUAAUGAUGCUUUCAUUUCUUAAAUAUUUUUAUCAUCAUAAGCUUUUUUUAACCUUUUUAUUCUAAUGAAAUUUAAAAAUAAAUUUUGUUGCAAAUAAAAACUUAAAUUUUUAUAGUAUAAUAUUUAUAACAUAUCCUCCCUCUUCCGAUUCACACCACUUUUUCUCUCCAAAUCAAACCCCAAUUAAUCUUUUAUUGAUAAUUUAUUUUUCUGGGGACUUAGUAUAUAUUUUCAUUUUAUACAUAAUGACUAUCGCUACUGUUAGUGCAAGAGGUCAUAUGUUACGAUUUUACAUUAUUAUUCUAUUUGUGCUAAAGGUGAUAUUUUGUAGUCAGCAGCUAUGGAAAAUAGUAGAGGAAAAUAAAACAUGAAGUCAUACUAGUAAAUCAUAAAGAAAUAAUCAGUUUUUAUAAUCUAUAGUAAAAACAACUCAAUUUUCACAUCCAACCUUUUAUUGUAACAGUAGCGGUAUAUUAUUUUUAGAUUUCAUCUUUUCUUUUGUUUUGUUUUAUUAAAUAUAACAUUUCAAAGAGAAUUUUUCGAUGAACAAAAAAAAUUUUAGUCCGUGGUCAUUCUUAUUUACAAUGAAUAUUUGAUAAAUAACAAUUCCUUUUUAUUUAUUACCCGUCUUUAGGUUAAUAUAAAGAAUAUUAAAUAUAAAGAUUGGAAAUAAUUCUUUUAAAGUAUUUCAAGUUUAGGAUUUAAUUGUUGAUUGUUGAUAAUUUUUCAAAACUCACCAAUUCCAUGAUUUACUAUCUCAUUUACAAAUAACUUUCUUUCUUUUUUCGAUUUUGGUUAUAAUAUGAUAGGAAUAAAUUAGUUUUAUUUGUAACUAUUAUUUAUCAUAAAGUCAAGGUUAACUUGUACAGAAAUGAAACAAUAAUUCUUUGUUGUAAAAAUUGUUAAUAAUUAUGUUAUGCUUGGAAAAAAUCUGUAUAGAAAAUAAUUCUCUUUUUUUUUAUAUUUAUAAGUUAAGUACCUGAUAAACCAGACGCCAUAUUGUUAGUCUUAAUGGCAGUUAUAUAUGUCUGUGAAGGCUGUUUCUAAGUUGAUGUACUUUGAUAUGAAUAUUGCCGUAUUUUUGAAUUAUCAAACUUAAUUUAAGAAAGUGAAAUGAAAGUUUUAAAUAUAGUUGGAUUAGGGUAUAAAAUAGAGGUUUUUAGAAUCCAUUUAAGAAAGUUGUUAGUUUUGAUACCAAGAGCAUCUAGAUCUUUGAAUAUGAUAGAGUGGACCAGUUGUUAUUAUGAAGGACCAAUUUCUUUAUUUAUUUCCUUAGUUAUGUUUGGAAAUUUCAUUCACAAAUAAUUAAAAUCAUUUGGAAUAAUCUUACUCCAUACUUAGCAGCACAAAGGAGAUAGUGAGAGAAGAAGAAGAAAGAAUAAUUUUCAUUUUAUCAUAAACUGCCAUUCAGAGACCUCAUUUUAUUCUCAAUAUCUCAUAUUAUUUUGAAAUAUUACAGUAGGACAUCAAUAAUCUGAACUCAUUUUGGAUUGUUUGUCAUAUUUUCAGACAUAUUAUUGAAAAUGUACUUAAUUUGUCCGAUCAAUAUUAUGUUCCUUAGAAAAAUUUUUAGAUUAUUUCACAGACAUCAUAUACAUAUAUGCAUGUGCAUUAGCGGAUCCAGGAUUUAAUUUUGGAAUGGGGGGGAGGCUUCAGUCCGAAAGCACUUUUUUAAUAUAUAUAACGAUAAUUACUUUGGAAGAAAAAUAAAGAAACUAUGAAAUGAUGUUUAAGUGAUUCUUGAAAUCCUAUUAAAUGUAAUUAAACAAACAAUAAUACUUUUAGAAAUAAUUUUUUUCAUAAGACAUGGUUAUAUUUUUCGAUUUUGGGGACACUUCAGCCUAAAAGCCUUCCUUUCUCCUCCAUAGAUCCCUUAGAUAGUCUGCAUAUGUUUGUAUGUAUUUGUUUGGUCAAACCUAUCGAUAUAAAUAUUAUAAAUUUUCAUCAUUCAUGUAUAUUUGUGGUCCCUUCAAAAACAAUAUAAUUGUAGAUAUUAAAUAAGAAACCAAACAAUUUUUUGUUUAAUAAUGGUUUAUAAGCAACACAAAUUUUUUUUUUUUUCAUUUCACAAUAAAAAUCCAUGGCGGAUCAAAAAAGGAAUGUCGUGCCUUGGGCUUUUGUUGAAAAAUGAUUUUUUUUUACAAUUAAAGCUAUCAAUAUAUCGGUUAUAAAAUACAAUCUCAUCAAAAUUGUAUUUGAGCUGAAACUGAGGUAAUAAGUUCAAGUAGACAUGUAUGUCCAUUGUUUAAUAAUGAAGUGUUCAGAAACUAAUUCAAUACAGUUCAGAUUAUUUUUAUCCUGCUGUAUUACAUAUAUUAUUUCAAUUAUUUAUUUUAUUUUUUUGAUGGAACAUGAAUGAAUUUGCUCAAAAUUGUAGUUAUCGGUUUUUAAAUAAAAUGAUAUUAACAAAGGGACCAUUUUAAUUUUAUUUAUAGGCGUAUGUUAGCGGCAAUCCUUCAUAGACAUAUAUGCGUUAUAUGUUAGAGCGAUUUUCAUGUAAAUUGAGAAAUAAUUCUGAUGUUUCAGAAACUGAUUCUCAUACCCAAGUUGAUUAACAAUUGUUCAUUUGUCAUUUUUAAGUAACAAAGGGUUUGAAAAUAUUUUACUAUUUAAAAAUAAAUAAAAAAUCCUUGCGGUGAAAUCAGGUUUCUGAAUCAUUGGAGCCAUUAUACUUAGAAAUAAAAAUGUGAUCAUAGAAUGUUUGGUAUUUUUUCAAAAUCAUAGGUCAUAUUUCUAAGUGGUUUUACAACAGUACAUGUUUUAGCACUGAACACGAAUUAAUAUAUGUACUGAUUAUGUUAUAAAUGUUAAUAUAAUAAAAUGUGAUUUUGUAAUGUGUUUAUUUAUUUUUCUUACUGAUAUGAAUUUUCCCUCUGUUGAACCUUACUUAAUUUUCUCUUUUCUAGCCAUGAAAGGGAAAAUCCAGUGUAGAAAAUACCUAUUUAUGAAUUCUGAUUUGAAAAAUAAACUAUGUUUUAUAGAUUACUCGCUGCGCUUCACAGUUUCACCUGUGUUAAAUUGUAAUUAUAAAUGUCUGUUUAUGCAUCUGAAAUUCCUUAAGAAGAAAAUCCUUUGCGCCAUAACCAUAGUGAACUGGAAUCAGAAUCCUACCCUAUGGAGGAGAAGGACCAAUAGAACAGAGAACUGCUUACAGAAAUUGAUUAAUCAGUAUCUCAUAAUAUAAAGGCAAGGUGGGUAAGAUGGGCAUAUAGCUUGGAGCAAUCAACAGAAAACCUCUACACAACAAUGGGUGCCUCAAUAGUUGCAAGAAAUGUAUCAGGCCAAAAAUCAGAUUGAAUUAACAAAGAUGUAGCAGAUCUGCAUGCAGAAAACUGGUAGGAAAUAGCCUAAGAUAGGAAAAGACGGAGAUGAUGGUUCAGAUGGC